GUUAACAUUCGUGACAGUCUAAUAGAAAAGCUUGACUCGAAAAGCGUUCUUUGUUAAAAUAUACGCGAGCUUGUUUUUCCCUUGAAACAACCAUCUUUGCAGGCAAAACGUUUGUUGUGUAUUGUGUGUGAUAUUCAACGUUUUCUAUCCCAAUAGUUUUUUGGUGUAAUUUGUUUUUCAUUUCUAAUUCAUCAAAUUAACAAAUAAGCAAGAAUGCCGUCGGCGCAACCCCCUGUAGAAAAUGGUGCUGGUCCACCAAGAUCCGAGUUGGAAGAAUUACAAAUUCGAGCGAACCAAGUGACAGAUGAGUCACUGGAAAGUACCCGCCGUAUGCUGGCCCUCUGUGAAGAGGGCAAGGAAGCUGGUAUUAGAACCCUGGUUGCGCUUGAUGAUCAGGGAGAACAAUUGGAAAGAAUCGAAGAAAAUAUGGACAAGAUUCGAGAAGACAUGAUGGAUGCUGAAAAAGCUUUAAGCGGAAUGGAAAAAUGUUGUGGUAUAUGCGUUCUGCCAUGGAAAAAAAACAAUGCCUUUAAAGAAGAUGAAGGUGCGUGGAAAGGAGAAGGUGAUGGAAAAGUUGUUAACAAUCAACCGCAAAGAGUUAUGAUGGAUGGCCAACAAAUGAUGCCGUCCGGCUAUAUUGGAAGAAUACAAAAAGACGAUGCUCGAGAGGAUGAAAUGGAAGACAACAUGGGCCAAGUAAACACAAUGAUUGGCAAUUUGAGAAACAUGGCUCUUGAUAUGGGAUCCGAACUUGAAAAUCAAAAUAGAAUGAUUGAAAGAAUUAAUGCUAAGGGCGAAUCCAACGAAACGAGGAUAGCGGUUGCAAAUGAAAGAGCCCAUCAACUCCUUAAAUAAGAACAUUCAACCGUUUGGAGUACACUACAUCAGCCCAUUAUUACCGCUCAUUAUUGCUAUUAUUAUAAAUUAUUACAAUUAUGUUAAAAAUAAUAAAAAAAAGAAAAUUGUUAAAGUAUGGUGCUUAGUUUUUUAACCGCGCAUUAAACAAAUACAAAAAAAAACCGAAAUCAUUUUUUUUCUAUUAAUUACAUGGAACAAUAAAAAUGAGAUAUAAUCACAUCUUGCUUGUUGAAAAAAAAAUGGUAAAAACUACAAAAAAAGUAAUAUUAAAUGUUGGGUCUCAUUUGACCGUAAGUGCAUUAAGAUUUAGAUUAUUUUAAGAUCGACAUGAUGGUUGGUUUUAGAAGAAUUUUUAAGAUUUUCGUUUGUUAAUUUCAAUGGCUUCCAUCAAUGGCAAAAUAUUUUAACCAAAAUUUUGAACUUAAGUUGCAGUUUCUUCGUAGGAAACAUCAACAAGAAACAAAAUUUGUUUUUCGUUCAAUUAAAAAAAAACAUAUAAAAAAGCAGAAAAAAAACUUAAAUCUUAAAUCGUUACGAACUAAUUAAAGAAGUAAAAAAACGUUGUUAAAUUAAAAAGAAAAAAACCAAAAAUAUUGUACACUAUUGGGAGCUUCCUGGCAGCAAUAUUUAUAUGUAAAAAAAUGAAACCAAGAGAAAUGAGAGAAAGCAAAUUACAAUAAUUAAUAAAAUUGAACCAAAAUGUAAUAAUUAAUUUUCGAAGACAACAA